AUGGCAGCACUAGAGGCGCCACUGCGCUGGGCAGAACCAUGCGACAUCUUACGCAUGGGCCUCGUCUCCUACGCAGGCUUUGAGCCAAUCAAUUUCCGUGCUUGGAUGAGUCCUUACCACAAGCAGUAUCCCAGCGAUAUGCUGGCUUUCGAACGAGCCACUGCUCAGGACUAUCUGGCAGAUCCGGACUAUUUAUGCAUCGUCAUUGAAAACAACCCCAACCCUGAUGAGGUUUCCUUCACAGGUGCAGUAAUUCCAUCCGACGACGUCGCCGCGGUUCGGCAUGGAAAGAGAGUGCAAGAUCAAGGCCGAGUAGUUGUUGGGUAUGCCGUAUGGGUGCUCAACAAGGACAUCAUGCCUGGACGAGUUGAGGAAUACAGUCUUGACCGCCAGCAUCUUAAUGGCGCAUGGCCUAGCGUGUGCUCCACACCAGAUGACUGUCCAACGCGGGACCAGCAUUCUGAUCACCAAGAUCCAGCGUACGAGCUGCUCAUAAUGUUGGGCGAUGAGCACCUCAAGGAUUGUGGGGUUAUUUUAGAAUACCUUGUUGUCUAUCCGGCAUACCAGCGACGAGGUCAUGGACAAGCACUCCUCAAAUGGGGUAUGGAAAUUGCAAGGAUUGACCAGCAAUCAGCGGGUGUUACCGCUGCUGACUCGGGCAUGAUGCUCUAUGAAGCUAUGGGUUGGGUCAAAAUAAUGCCAUACGGAAUGGCAGCGGAUGAGGUGUCGCCUGAAGGAUUUAGCGGUUGUGUCAUGAAAUAUUACACGCAGCCCGAGCAGACAAGUGGACAGGCUGGCGGACAAGAUUGGCAGGUUGAGUCAGAGACAAAUGUGGCUUGCAAUCAAGACGCGAAGGACGCGAAGAAUGACAUCGGGGUUCAAAAUCUGGUCGACCAGUUAGAAGAGAUAAACGACGUUGCCUUGUCGCUGGCGCUGACAUUGGAGCAGACCAGUCUAUCUGAAGAAGAUUUAGCCCUUUGA